AAUAGAACUCGAAACGUGCGGUUGGCCCUAUUCAACGACCGUGCGUCGCGGCAAAUUAGAACAACAAACCAAAAGCAUUUGUUCAACACAUUCAUACACAACUACACUCACACACACAGACACUCGGAACGCUCGCUCGAUACGCAAACAACAGAAAGACAGGGGCAACAAAAAUUGCUGCAUGAGCGAAAGGAUAAUUGUGAAUAAAAGCGCAAUAUAACGAAAUAUCAACUACUAACCACCACAACCAACGUUGUAGUUAGCCAGUCGCAAAAUGCCAACGGAAAAAUCAAUAUACAAUCCGAAUCCGGCAAUUAGCCAAAACGCGUACAUAUCCAGCUUCGAGGAGUACAAGAAAUUCUACGAUGAGUCCUUGGAGAAUCCUGCAGAGUUCUGGUCACGCGUUGCCAAGCAAUUUCACUGGGAAACGCCCGCCGAUCCCGCGAAAUUCUUGCAAUACAAUUUCGACAUCUCCAAAGGACCCAUUUCCAUCAAAUGGAUGGAGGGCGCCUCAACGAACAUUUGCUACAAUCUCUUGGAUCGCAAUGUUCGCAACGGACUCGGAGAUCAAAUUGCCUACUAUUGGGAGGGCAACCACCCCGAUGAUUAUUCCCGUGGUCUCACGUACCGCAAACUCUUGGAGGAAGUCUGCCGCUUUGCUAACGUGCUGAAGGAUCAUGGCAUCAAGAAGGGCGAUCGUGUCUCCAUCUACAUGCCCAUGAUACUGGAGCUGCCCAUUGCCAUGUUGGCCUGUGCUCGCAUUGGAGCCGUGCAUUCGAUUGUGUUCGCUGGCUUCUCACCUGAUUCGCUGGCGGAACGAAUGUUCGACUGCAAGGCUAAGCUGUUGAUCACUGCUGAUGGCGCUUGGCGUGGAGAGAAGCCACUUUACCUGAAGGCACUCUGCGAUACUGCGUUGGAGAAGGUCGAGGAGAUGGGCCACUCGGUGGAGAAGUGCAUUGUGGUGUCGCAUUUGAAGCGUGUCACACCCUGCCAGGAGAAUCAUGUGGAGCAGGACAUACCGUGGACAGAUGAUCGUGAUUAUUGGUGGCACGAGGAGAUGGAGGACAAAGAGCCAGCCUGCUAUCCCGAAUGGAUGGAUGCCGAGGAUCCGUUGUUCAUGCUCUACACGAGUGGCUCCACUGGCAAGCCGAAGGGUGUUCUCCACACCACAGCUGGAUAUUUGCUCUAUGCUGCGACCACAUUUAAGAUUGUCUUUGACUACAAACCCGGUGACAUUUACUGGUGCACCGCUGAUGUCGGCUGGAUCACUGGACAUACCUACGUUGUUUACGGACCACUGGCCAAUGGUGCCACUUCAGUUAUUUUCGAGGGAACCCCCUUCUUUCCGGGCAACGAUCGCUACUGGAGCGUCAUUGACAAGUACAAGGUGACCCAGUUCUACACCGCACCAACAGCCAUUCGGGCCCUCAUGAAGUUUGGCGAGGCUCCGGUGCUUAAGCACAAUUUGAGUGGACUCAAAGUGCUCGGCAGUGUGGGUGAGCCCAUCAAUCCGGAGGCUUGGCUGUGGUACUAUCGCAACAUUGGCAAGGAGCAGUGCUCCAUUGUGGACACAUUCUGGCAAACGGAGACCGGCGGUCAUGUCAUCACGCCCCUGCCAGGCGCCACGCCCAUGAAGCCGGGAUCAGCUUCAUUCCCCUUCUUUGGCGUCAAACCAACGCUGCUGGAUGAAUGCGGCAUUGAGAUCAAAGGUGAAGGUGAGGGAUACUUGGUGUUUUCGCAGCCCUGGCCGGGCAUGAUGCGCACGCUAUACAACAACCACGAGCGCUUCGAGGACACCUAUUUCUCCAAGUUCCCUGGCUACUAUUGCACCGGCGAUGGUGCUCGUCGCGAUGCUGAUGGUUAUUUGUGGAUCACUGGUCGUGUGGAUGACAUGUUGAACGUGUCCGGGCAUCUAAUGUCCACCGCCGAGGUAGAAUCUGUGCUCACCGAGCAUCCACGUGUUGCCGAAUCCGCUGUUGUGUCGCGUCCGCAUCCUGUGAAGGGCGAAUGUCUCUACUGCUUUAUUACGCCCAAUGAGAACGAACCCUUCGACCAGAAACUGAUUUCGGAUCUGAAGAAGAUGGUGCGUGAACGCAUUGGACCCUUCGCCAUGCCCGAUGUCAUUCAGAAUGCACCUGGUUUGCCCAAGACACGCUCCGGCAAGAUUAUGCGUCGUGUGCUGCGCAAGAUUGCCGUCAACGAUCGCAAUGUGGGCGACACUUCGACGCUAGCCGACGAGAUGAUUGUGGAGCAGUUGUUCGCCAAUCGUCCAGUCGAGGCCAAGUAAAUGAAUGGGCGGCUCUUAUGGAUUUUCUUGGAUUUGCUUCUGGCUUCUGGAAGAGUUCUUCUACUCUUCACGCGGCUCUGCUGCAAUCAUCUAAUACUUAGCCAUAGUUAACUGCGGUCGCGUUCUUUUCUUUAGGCUGACCCAAUUGGGAACAGUUUGAAUCACGUAAUUACGUGUCUUGUAAAUCUCCUCCCCCUCUCCCUUAAAAAUCACUCUAUAUAUACCUAUUAUAUAUAUAUAACAUAUAUAUUUAAAACGUAACUCUGUUGGCCCUGCAUCCGGGCUUGCAAAUCACAUUCUAUUUAGUUGUUAAGUGUGUAAGUAACAAUUGAUAAUUUGUUGAACUUUGAAGAUAAUGCACCCAUUUAUUUGAUAUUUUAUUGUCAGUCAAUGUUUGUGUGUGUGUGUGUUUCCUACAUAGUACAUCAUAUAUAGUAAUACUAUAUAUAGAGAUAUCGUACUCGUAGUUAACAUUUAUGCUGAGCACGCACUUCUUUCUAGUUUUCCAGUUCAUUUGUUUCUUUGUUGUAGUCUUAGCUUAAGUUGCUAAAUUCGUUGUGAUACAAAUUUAAUUAUUAAUUGAUUAUGUAUGUAUUUUUAGUAGAAUUGAUAUAAACAAACAAAAAAAACAUGAAAAAACAACAACAAAAUAUAUACACAAUUGCAGUAA